AUGGAUGGGGGCAGGGACACCUCAAGGUCACCACGUGUACAUGUUGAUUUGGUGUUUUGCGUCACCCUCAUAAAUCCCAGCAGGCUUAUAAAGAGGAACACACAUCAGCACUCAAACAAAGUCGAUUUUUUUUUCUCCUCUGAGACGGAAAACAGAGUCACAGCCAAGAUGAGACUGUACCUUGCACUUGCUGUGCUGAUGCUGGCCUUUGUCGCAUACACAGAGGCUCAGGAGGAGACCAUCGAGGCGAAGUUCACUAAGUUUGGCGAGCAGAUGUCUGAGAUGACCAGGACCCUGGCUGAUAAGGCAAAGGUUACCUUUGAGCAGAUCCACACCAGCGACUUUGCGGUCAACACAAGGAACUGGCUCCAGGAGCAGGUUGAAAAGUUGAAGACCAAGUUUGUGGAAAACUCCAAGUAGACAAGUAGACAGCCUACCUACCAGCCUACAACCUGCCCACCGCCCCCCACCUCUGACGGCUGACCUCUUCACUCUCUCAUGUUGGGACGCUGAUAUGUCACAUGAGACAUUAUUCUGCUGACCAGACUAAAUAGUUGCAUUGCCUCUCUGUAAGGAGAUGGAUAUUUUUAAUUUGUGUGUCAUCUUUUUGAAGAAACAAUGUGAAAAAGUGCAAUAAAGACAUCAGAAAAUAAAAGUUUUUAUAUAAAUCCUGUGUUAGCAUCAGUAUUUGUCAAUGUAAAAACAAUAACAACUUCUUAGUGUACUGAAUUAAAGUUGAAGAGUCUGUUAAAGAUGUUUGAUAUCAAUAAAUGAACAGUCCUGGUCAA